AGCCGAAACGACUGUUCAGAGGAAGAAAGGGGAAAGAGAGAGAGAGUAGAGAGAGAGAGAGAGAGAAGAUGGGGGAGGUAGCUGAUACAUUGACGAAGAAGAGGAAGAAGAAAGGGAGACCAUCUCUAAUUGAAGUCCAGAAGCGAGCUCUGAAGCAGCAACAACUGCUUCAGAGCAAGCUAGAUGAGUCCAAGGAAGAGGUUAGAUCCGGUUUCGGAAACCCUAAUUCCGCCGCAACCCGAUCCAGUCGCCGGAUUGUUAAUCCCAGCGAAGAGGAAGAAGAAGAAGACGAUGACGAGCGGAGAGAUAAGAAGCAACGGCUUUUGCACGGGUUGAACUCGCACGACGACCGUCGUGAAUCUGAAUUGGACGGCGAUGCUUCUUCCAUCAACCGCCGGAAAAUCGGCGGCGCCGGAUCUGAUGUUACGGGACAAAAGGGUUCGAAAGCGACAGACAUUCUUCAAAGGGUGUCUCUUGUGGAGUCUGGGCCCGUUACACCAUUGCCAGACAAAAAGUUGCUCUUGUUCAUCCUCGAUAGAGUUCAAAAGAAGGAUACUUAUGGAGUGUACUCUGACCCUGUUGAUCCAGAGGAGCUUCCUGAUUAUCAUGAGAUUAUCAAGAAUCCUAUGGAUUUUACCACAUUGCGGGAGAAAUUAGAAGCCGGCGCUUACUCUACCUUAGAACAAUUUGAGGAAGACGUGUUUUUAAUAUGCACAAACGCUAUGGAAUACAAUUCGUCAGAUACUAUAUAUCAUCGACAGGCACGAGCAAUGCUUGAGCUAGCCAAAAAGGACUUUGCAGAUUUAAGACAAGAAAGUGAUGGAGAAGUAGAACCAGUUUCACAGUCACAACAACAGCCUAAAGUUGUCAAAAGAGGCCGUCCUCCAGGCUCAGGCCUUAAGAAACAUUCUGAGCCAUUUUUGACUGACCGGACUAUUUCUGAGAGUUCAGCUGAUGCAGCAGCAGCGCACACUCCUGGUGGAGACGGCUCUAGAUUAUCCGGCGCUUACAAUCUAAGAAGAACACCUCCUUCCGUUAGAACCAACCAUUACAGCGAGAACCAAAGUGGCUUGUUGAUUGAUUGGGAGAAGGAGUUCCCACCUUCGGUUGUGAAGGCCGUCAACAAAUACGGGAUGAAGAAUGUGGACGAGAACAGGCGAGAUUCUUACUUCCUGGACAUCUCUCCUUCUUCGCAAGAAGCUUCGGUUUGUACAAGUCUUGAGGAUGGUUUGAAACAGUUAACUCCAGUUGGGUUGAAUACUGAAUAUGGCUACGCUAGGAGUCUAGCAAGAUAUGCUGCAAAUCUUGGUCCUGUUGCUUGGAGACUUGCCAGCAAGAGGAUUGAGACAGUGUUACCAAGUGGAACCGAGUUUGGUCCCGGUUGGGUUGGAGAGAAGCCAGAAGCUCCUCAGCAGCCAAAGUGUUCGAAUGACUUGGCAUCUGAAAGCAUACAUUCUUCCAAAGAAAGCAAAGAGAGUGCAUCAGCUGCUCGCUUGUUGAAUCAAAAAACUGUUAAGUCAGAACCGCUGAUCAAUCCUGAGAGCAACGGUCUACUCCGUGGCUGCAGAGGAGUAAACCAGAUGCUGGAAACUGCUGCUUUCUCGCGACAAGGCUUGUCGCCUAACACAAAACCGGAACUAAACCGGUUUCACCCUGAUCUCAACGCUAAGCUCGUCUCACCAAACUCACCGGUCUCUAACCUUCAGGCAGGUUCAUCCCAGCAGCAUCCGGAUUUGGCGCUACAGCUCUAACUUACUAGUCUUGAAAGCUUUUCCUGUAGGAAGAGGGAGGAGUGUUGUGAUUGUGGAUGAAAAAUAUAUAGGGAAGAAGUCUCUGUACAGAUUGUUGCAACUUCCAGAUUUGUGUAGGGUAAGAGGAAAACCAAUUUAAGGGAGUACUCAACAAGGUGUAUGCAUGUUAUUUAUACAAAUAUUUUUCUUAAGUUGAUCAAUUCAGAAUAAUGAAUGUGCAUUUGAGUUUUGAUUUCAGCUUAUGAGAGACGAUUGUAAUAUGAAAGUCUGUAUAAUGUGCCUAUGCUUCGCUUGUCU